AUGGGAAAACGAGGACGUCCACCAAAAAGAAAAUCUGUUACAAAUACUCCAUCAAAACGUGAUCAAUGUUAUACUAUAUUAAGUAGUGAUGAUGAAACUGGUAAUAAAAAAGAAACUUUACGUUUACCAUCUCCAAGUCAACGACGAGGAGUAGGAAAUGAACGCAAUGGAACAAUUAUUAUUACACCACCUGAUCGUACAAUAUCUUCGACAAACAAUGUUGAAAAAAAUACACCAGUUACAAGAAAUAAUAAUAAUAAUAACAAUACUAAUAACAAGAAAAUUAUUAUUAAUGAUAAUAACAAAGACAGCAAUGCAUCUGGUGAUACAGAUGCAACAGAAGUAUAUUCAGUUAGUAACGAUGAUGAUGAGGAUUAUACUGAAAAAGCACCAAAAGUUUCACCAAUAAAACGCAAACGUAAACCACCAGUUGUUAAAGUUAAUCAUGCUCUAUCGGAAAAUAGUGAUGAUGAUUUAACUUAUUCCCGACGUUCAAUAAAUAUAAAACAAAAAAAACGUCAAGAAACAUCAUCAUCAUCAUCAUUAUCAAGUGAUGAUAGUCAAUCACGAAAACGUGCUCGUCCACCUAUACCAACAUUUAAACGAGCACAAGCAAAAAAAAAGAAGAAAAAUUUCGAUGAAACAUCUGAUGAUGAUGUUGUUACUGAUGAAGAUUACCAUACAGAUGUUGAAAAAAUGGAUGAUAAAGCAUUAAUUAAAAAAACUGAACAACGAAUGUUACAUGAUGAAGAUUUAACAGUAAUGACAAAACAAGCAUUAGAAGAUGAACGACAACGUGUACAACGUAUUCAAGAAAGACAAUCACAAUUACCGCCAUCUUCACAAAUUUUAACUGAUGAUGAUAAUGAUGAUGAUGAUGAAGAUAAUUUUAGUUUGGACAAUAAGGUUAAAAAAGAAGAUGAGAAAAAAGAAACUAAAUCAUUGAUUUUUGAAUAUGAUUCAAAUACGAAUAAACCACUUAUUUGGGUACUUCCUGAAUUAAUAGCUAAAAUGAAACCUCAUCAACUAGAUGGAACUAUGUUUUUAUGGGAUAAUGUGUUUGAAUCAAUUGCACAAAUUAAAAAAAAUAAUAUUGGUACUGGAUGCAUUUUGGCUCAUCAUAUGGGAUUAGGAAAAACAUUUCAAUUAAUAUCAUUUUUACAUACAAUAUUUAAACAUAGUGAUAUAACACGUACACGUACUUGUCUUAUACUUUGUCCAGUUAAUGUUAUAUCAAAUUGGGCAGCAGAAUUUUCUUAUUGGUUAUCAGGUGUUCGUCCAACAAUAAAAGUUUAUCAGUUUUCAUUAUUUAAAACAAAAUCUGCACGUUGGGAACGUUUAGAAAAAUGGAAUGAUAAAGGUGGUGUUAUGUUAAUGGGCUAUGAAAUCUAUCGUCGUUUAUCAAAUGAUGCUGAUUAUAAUUUUUUCUUAUCAGAUCCAGGUCCAGAUAUAAUCGUUUGUGAUGAAGGUCAUGUACUUAAAAAUGCUAAAGCUGGAAUUUCAAAAGCAUUAAAUAAAAUUCGUACUAAACGACGUAUUAUUUUAACUGGUACACCAUUACAAAAUAAUCUUCGAGAAUAUUAUUAUAUGGUUCAUUUUGUUAAACCACAUUUAUUGGGUACUUAUCGUGAAUUUAAAAAUCAAUUUAUUGAUCCUAUUCGUGCUGGUCAACAUAAAGAUUCAAAUAUAUAUGCUGUACAAUUAAUGAAACGACGUGCUUUUGCUUUACACGAACGUUUACAACAUUGUACACAUCGUCGAGAUUUUAAUGUACUUCGAAAAUAUUUACCAGAGAAAUAUGAAUAUGUUAUUAAAAUUUAUAUGUGUGAUUUACAAAAACAACUUUAUAAUAAAUAUUUAAAAAUUCAAAAUAUUGAUCCAUCAACUGGUUUCAAUACGGCAAAAUUAUUUGCUGAUUAUCAAUAUUUAAUGAAAAUUUGGACACAUCCAUGGUUAUUACGACCACAUUUUAUGGAUCGUUGGAAAAAACAACAGAAAAAUAAUGAUAAUGAAUCAGAUAAGAUUGAUCCAUUUUUUGAUGAUAUUUUUGCUGGAUUAUCAGAUGAUGAUAUGGCUGUUGAAGAUGAACCACAAAAAAAACAAUCAGCACCAAAUAAACGAUUAACAACAAAAAUGAAAACUGGUGAAUCCAACCAUCAUCGACAUAAAAAGGAUGAAGAUGAUGGUAAUUCGAGUUCAAAUUCAUCGUCAUCUACUUCAGAAUUUUUGGCUUUAUUUAAUAAUACAAAUUGGAAACAAUAUACAUCGACAUCAUCAUCAGCAUCAGCACGUGCUUCAACGACAUCAUCAUCUUAUUCAACAAAUGAUCCAUGUCAACAAGCAAUGAAUGAUGAAUGGUGGUUCUCAUUUUUUGAUAAUACAGCUGAAUAUGAUAUUAGUUUAAGUGGAAAAUUAACAUUUCUUAAAACACUACUUGAUGAAUGUGAACAAAUUGGUGAUAAAGUUUUAUUAUUUAGUCGUUCACUUUUUUCACUAUCAUAUUUGGAACAAUAUCUUAAAUAUUGGGAUUCACUUGCUAGUGGAAAAAAAAUUCAAGCAGAUGAUUUUGAUGCUAAAGUUAAACCUAAUGGUCGAUGGAAAUUUGGUAUUGAUUAUUUUCGUAUUGAUGGUAGUACAGAUAUUGCUACACGAACUAGUUAUAUAGCAAAAUUUAAUGAUGCAGCUAAUAUUCGUUCACGUCUUUUUAUUGUUUCAACAAUGGCUGGUGGUAUUGGUAUUAAUUUAAUUGGUAGUAAUCGUGUAGUUAUAUUUGAUUGUAGUUGGAAUCCUUCUUCGGAUUUGCAAGCUUUAUUUCGUUCAUAUCGUUUGGGUCAAAAAAAAGCAACGUAUGUUUAUCGAUUAUUAAGUAAAGGUUCUAUGGAAGAGAGAAUUUAUUUUCGUCAAGUUAAUAAACAAGCUAUGGCUCAACGUGUUGUUGAUGCUCAACAACUUGCUCGACAUUUUACUGAAUCUGAAUUACGUGAACUUUAUUCAUUUAAACCUGAAGAAGAUGAACCACAAGAAUAUAAAUUACAAACAUUACCAGAUGAUAUUAUAUUACGAAAUUGUGUAGAAAAAAAUCCUAAAUUAAUACAGAAUAUUCUUGAACAUGAUUCUUUACUUGAAAAUCAUAUUGAAGAACAAUUAACACGUGAAGAAAAAUAUUAUGCUCUUAAAGAACUUGAACGAGAUGAACGACAAGCUGAAUAUCAAUCAACUAUUGCUAAAACUUUAGCUAAUCUUGCAAAUAAAAAUAAUAAUAAUAAUAAUAAUAAUAACAAUAAUAAUACAAAUUUUACUCAAAUUAGUUCAGAAACAACAUCAAACGAUUCAAAAAAAGAUCGAAAAAUAAUAACAGCACCACCAUUAAAUACAUAUAAUCCGUAUCAACCACCUCCACCCAUGUGUGCACAAGCUCGUGCUGGUAUAUCAACAGCACAAGAAGCUCGUGGUCUUGAACGUUUAACAGAAUUAUUAUUUCCAAAAGAAGCUCCACCACUUCCAGCUGGUAAAGCAGCUGAAUUACCACCGUUAAAAGAAGUAACUGAUAUGCCUGUAUCAAAAGAUGAAAUAGCUGAUAUUAAUCUUGAUGAUGAAGAUUUUGAUCCACGAACAAAAAAAGAAAAACAAAAAGCUUUAUUACAAGAACAACGUGCACUUGUUAAAUUAUAUAAUGAUAAAAAGAAAUUAUUAAAUCCACCAAAAGUUCCUAAAGUUUUAAAACGUCCAAAAAAACUUCCAGCAGUAAAUACAGCGAUUAUUACAAAUCCAUAUCAAUUUAUGCCAGUUACACUUAAUCCAUUUGAUAUGCCACCUAAGGGACAAACAACAUGUCGAUUUGCAGAUUUAUUUACUAUUGAUGAUCUUGUUUACAAUCGAAAUGAUGCUAUUCAUCGAUUUAAAAUGCAUAUGUGUCUGUGGGAGGGAAAGUUUGGCUACGGAGUUGGAUAUAAUCAUGAAAUAGGUAUAACAUAUGAUGGUCAUAAAAUAGAUUAUACAACAGGUGAUUUACAUGAAAAUUUACAAUAUUGGACAGCAGCUUCAAAAGAAGCACUUCAUGUUAAUAUGCUGUCAUUAUAUUUGAUGGAUGACAUAUAUGCUCGACAAUUUUUUGGUAAUACAUCACAAGAUGAUAUUGUACAAAUUUUAGAAAGAAAAAUUGCAUCAUAUAAUGAUUUUCAUCGACGUUAUCCUGGUUUUGGUGGUUUUUUACCUUGGUUUGCUGCUAAUGGUUCAGCAAUGAAUUUACUCAAUGGUUGGGAAUCUAAAGUACCUGGUCUUGAUAAUGGACAAUUAAUAUGGAGCAUAAAAAUUUUAAUUGAAACACUUAAGACUAAAAAAUUAUUUAAUUUAGCUGAUAAAUAUCAACAACGUAUUGAACUUAUGACACAAACAUCUAUACCAGUAUUUUAUGAAGCAGAAAGAGGUGGUAUUCGAUGUGAAUCAGGUAUAUUAGAUAUGUUUAAUGAAAGUCAAACAACAAAUCCAAAUAAUUAUGUAACAAGAGGUACUUGUUUAUUAGAUGAUCCAUAUGAAGGGGAAUUAAUGGCAUAUUUUAUGGAUUUAUAUUCUCCUUGGACAUUAUAUAAUUAUACAAUGGACGAACGUAAUCGUAUUUGGACAUAUAAACGUGCUCGUCUUGUUCGUGAUGAAUACAAUACAAGUACACAAUCAACUAAUGUUACACAAAAACAAGUCACUGUCCAACGUGGUUUUUGGUUUUCAAGUCAUGAACAAUGGAAAUAUUUCUAUUUACCUUAUCGAGAUAUUGACCUUCAAAAUCGUCUAUUUACUAAUGGAGAAAAAGUACGUGUAUAUCACUCAGCACAAAAUCAUAUACCAGGUUUGUAUGCUAGCGUAGCAUCCGAUGCUAAACCUGGUACUUAUCAAGUUGAUUAUUGGAGUGCAUGCGGUAUUCAACAAAUAGCUUUUCAACCAAUUGAACAUGAGUCAGUUGUUACACCAUAUGCAAGUUUUCCUGUUAUUAUGGCUAAUGAAUCAAUUGGUUUAGCUUGGUAUUUAAAUAUGCUUCAAGGUCCAGCUAUGCAAAAUAUGUAUGGAAGUACAGAAGCAACUAAUGUUAAUGGUCAAUCUAUAUCACCAGUUAUAACAUGGGAUUCAAAAAUAACAACAGUAGUAGCUAUGCUUAGUUCUCAUUUAAUUGAUGUUUCACGUGAAAUUCUUAAACGAGAUCGAACUUAUGAACGUUUUUAUAAUAUAACUGAAUUUGAAUGGUCAAGAGUAUUUGGUUCAAAACCGUUGUUAGGUGAAGAUCUUCUAUGGUCAUUACCUUCAGUUAAAAUUCCUCGUCCAACUGAUGGUUUACCAGAUUUCACUCAAUGUCGUAAUGCAUUACCUACUUCAUUGUCAACAACUACUUCGACUACAUCAUACUCAUUAUCUACCAUAAAUAAACCUUCUUACGUCAUUGUCACUAUUGUACUAUUUGCUUUUCUCAUCGUUUUUUCGAAAUAA